AUGUGGAAAAUCAAGUGUGGCCUAGAUUCAGUAGUAUCUUUGAGAGCAGGAGGAGAUUUCUUCUUCGAUCCUCUACCUUCUGAGCCCGCAAAAAAUAUAUUAUUGGUGGCAGGAGGAGUAGGAAUUAACCCACUGUACUCAAUAUUGCUGCAUGUGGCUGAUCUACACAGAAAAAGGGCUGCUCAAGGCUAUGGGUAUGAACCAGGAUUUGUCCAGCUGUGCUACAGUGCAAAAAGCACAGAUGAACUACUUUUCAAGAAUACCAUUAUUGGACUUUCGCAAGAGUUUUCUGGGAAGAUCGCAUGUGAUUUUCAUGUAACACAACAGAAGACAAAUAUUAGUGAAGAACUUCGACCAUAUGUCAAUGAGGGAAGAAUUUCUGAAAAGAUUCUGGAAGAACAUAUAUUUCAAAAUAACCUGUGCUAUAUAUGUGGACCACCACCUAUGAUACAGUCUGUUUCUAGUCAGCUUAUCAAUUUAGGAUUUCCCAAAGAAAUUCUUUUUGAAAAAUGGUGGUAGUUUUUCUUAUGCAAGUUCUUAUACUCAGAGUAUGCAGAAAGUGUUAUUCUGUUUUACUGUAAAAUACUGUAUUUUACAAUAUUACAAUAAUUUAAAGUUGUUC